GGGAUCAUAGAACUUCAAACCGCUCUGCAGCUGCGCAGUAGACUCCUGCGCUCACAGCUGUACAGUGUACACAAUGACCCGAGAGAGUCAAGUGCUGAGGUUGGACAAAUCAGCAAUCAUUCAGAAAUGGAGACAUUGCUAAAGAUAGGCAGGUAGACACCCCUCCAUCUCUCUACUGCCGGUGUGAAGUGGAUAUAUUCCAGACAUUUUCCCCAACACUGACAGCAAGUUAACUACAGCUGUCCAUUUCCGUCACGCCUCCCUCCAACCUGCCUCUCUUCACACCUCACUGCCAAAAGUCCUCAGUAUGUACCAGAUUGUUCCAGUGGCUCCUGGGGAGCAGCAAAUGGCGGGGGGGCCUGGUGGAUCGCCAUUAAAGAAGAAGCUAGCUCAUGAAGGUCGGCCCCUGGUAAUGGCAGGCAUGUUGGGCUGUGUGUUGGUGCUGGCUGCCGUGGUUGCCUGGUGUUACUACUCGGCGUCUCUCCGUAAAGCCCAGCUGCUGAAGACUGAGCUGCUGGACCUCGACAAGGAUGGCUUUGUCAUUCGUAACCAGGCGGGGGCUGUCAUCUUCACCAUGACCUUCAGGUCUAGCACUCUGGAUUUGGACUCCUGCUCAAAGGAGGGAAAUAUUCUGAGCUGCACUCAGUCAGAGUCUGGCAAGCUCAACUUCUUUAUCCAGACGGUUCGACCAAAGGACACAGUGAUGUGUUACCGCGUUCGCUGGGAGGAACUGGAAAAUGUACCCUCAGUGGAGCACGCCAUGGCUUAUAAUGGCUCUCAUUGGUACGGAGGGGCAGAGUCAGCAACACAGCACUGGCCAGUCAAGAUCCAGGGCGAGGUCGAACCGCUGCCUUUUAUCACCAGUGAUGUCUACUCGAAUCGUAAUGCUUUUGGGGGAAUCCUAGAGCGUUAUUGGCUGUCAUCGAAUGCAACUGCUAUUAAGAUUAAUGACUCAGUGCCGUUCCAUUUGGGCUGGUCAGAGAAGGACAGGACACUGAGGUUCCAGGCCAGGUACCAGGAGUCUCCAUUCAGACCACUAGAGGGACUGCAAGCCUUACCUGAACUCAGCUAUAGAGUGUGUGUGGGGUCAGAUGUUACCUCUAUUCACAAAUACAUGGUGCGUCGGUAUUUCACAAAGCCUAUCAAGGUCCCAUCACCUGAAGUGUUCAAAUACCCUGUGUGGUCCACCUGGGCUCUCUACAAGACGGCUGUCACUCAGGAGAAGCUGCUGCGCUACGCCGCUAACAUCACCAAGCAUGGCUUUACGUGCUCCCAUCUGGAGCUGGACGACUGCUACACCGCAGACUAUGGAGAGUUUGAAUUUGACCCUCAGAAGUUCCCCAAUGCCAGCGGGAUGUUUGACAAACUCAGAGAGGAUGGGUUUCAAGUGUCGCUCUGGACACAUCCUUUUAUCAACUAUGACUCCAUUAAUUUUGGCGUUGCUGUAAAGAAAGGACUGUUUGUGAGGGAGCUGGAUGGUGAGCUGCCUGCUCUAGUUCGCUGGUGGAACGGUAUUGGAGGAAUCUUGGACUUUACCAACCCAGAAGCACGUGAGUGGUAUUCCUCACAUCUGCGCAUGCUCAAAACACGCUAUGAUGUAAUCUCCUUUAAGUUUGAUGCAGGAGAGACAAGCUACCUCCCACGCCAGUUUAGCACCCUGGUCCCGCUGUCUGACCCCUCCACCUUCACCCGCCGCUACACAGAAAUGGCUAUACCGUUCAGUGAGCGUGCAGAGCUGAGGGUGGGUUAUCAGAGUCAGAAUAUCUCCUGUUUCUUCAGGAUUAUUGACAGAGACUCUGUGUGGGGUUAUGAGCUGGGCCUCAAGUCCAUCAUCCCGACUGUUCUGACUAUUAGCAUCCUGGGCUACCAGUUUGUCUUGCCUGAUAUGAUAGGAGGGAACGCAUACCCCAACCGCACGGCAGGUGGUUUAGAUGGCAGAAAUGAUCUGCCAGACAGAGAGCUGUACAUCAGAUGGUUGGAGCUGUCUGCUUUCAUGCCUGCUAUGCAGUUUUCUAUACCACCAUGGGCCUAUGACGAUGAGGUAGUGGAGAUAGCACAGAAGUUCACAAAGCUCCAUGAGUCUCUGGUGGCACCAAGGGUUCUCGAACUGGCAGGCGAGGUCCUUGAUACAGGAGAUCCAAUCGUAAGGCCCCUCUGGUGGAUCGCCAAUGACGACGAAGCGGCCUAUAAGAUUGACUCCCAGUUCCUGAUCGGGGAUGACCUGAUGGUGGCUCCGGUGUUGGAGCCAGGAAAGCAGGAGAGGGACAUUUACCUGCCUGCAGGACGAUGGAAAAGCUACAAGGGGGAACAUUUUGAUAAAGGCCCCAUGUACCUCACUGACUACCCUGUGGACCUAGAUGACAUAGCUUACUUCACAUGGGUUCACUGAAGACAUUCAAGCAUUAAGACACAUAAACUCACACACAUACACUUGUAUGCACAUGUACAUUCUCGUGAGCACACAUGCCAAGAGAUAGCAGGUGAUUAAAUUUCAAAAGGGAAAUGACCACUAGGGAUCUGCUGCCACAGCAAAGUGCGAUUUUUUUUUUUUUUUUUUUUUUUUAGUGAAGAUUACACCUCAUGUCUACUAUGACCUUCUCUUGGUCUGGACUGCCGCCUGCAGAUCCACCCAAAGAAUUAGAAUGAAACUUGAAUUCACUUCUGAUUCUCUUGCUCCAUCCUUAAGGUGAUCCUCAUCCUCAUGUGCCUUCCACAGCCAAUAAAACCGAUCUCAGAUUGUAUCUUCACUGCAGUCUUCCACCUAAAGGACAUCAAUAUUACAAAUUUUCUUCGAAGCUUGAGUCCCACAGCUAGAGUGGUUUUGGUUUUAGGGUGAGAGUAAGCUUUAUUUCCUUCUGUGUGGAUUUUAUUUCAGUGUAGAUAAAAUAACUAUGUGAUAAGGUAACUGAUAUAUGUCUUUUUUUGUGGCUUCAUGGGGUUGGGCAAUAAGAUGGCAAUAAAUAUACACUCUUGAGUUGGACAGAUGCACCCCUGCUCAAAGUGCAUACCUAACCCUAUGUCACCAUGGCAACUGCGGUAUUGUAGAAGAUUUUUAUUUUCCUAUGCUACCCAACUACCUAUGGCUAAGCUAACAUGCAUUCAUUUGCAUUGCAUUGAACAGACUUUUUUUCUUUUGAUUUGUGGAUAGUGUUUUAGUGUAUAUACAGUAAAUUCAUGUGUUGUAAAUUUGGGGUACUUGUCAUGAUCUACAGGCUGCAAACAUUUUUAUGACAACAUUCCUUGACCAGUGGUGCAAUUCUGUCAUUUCAGUGCCAAAAUCUACUGAUUUAUCUUUUUUUUCCAUCUGUACAAGUCUAAUUCACAGCUCAGGGUAGAUUUAAAAGGAAACAUUUAUUAUUAUGCUAACAUGAAUCCUGUUGAUCCACAGAAAGAAAAUAGAUUUAUUAUACUACUGGUUUGCCUUGUAAAACAUUGUUCUCAAAAAUGCCAUAUUUUUUAUGUGCCGUCCAUGUCUGCCUUGUGACUUUCUUUGCCUUAUCAGCUGAACAAAGGUAUGCUAACCUUGGCGCAGAGAAUCGGUAGAGUGAUGAAGAACUCACCUCUGUACAUGGUGAAUUGCUUUAUGCGUUGCACCUUUAUGCUUUUAAGCUCUGACAGUGCCAAGUACAUGUUGAGUUUUAUUCCAAAAUCUGCCAAAUAUAUGUUUGUCUGCUCUUACAAAGUGAUAGCCGGCAUGAGAGUAAAGCACACUACUAAAUGCCUUGCUUGAAAAUAAUUAUACUACAUAAGAGAAUCAUCACUGUUUUUGAAAUGUUAAAGUUAGUAUGUAUCGGAUUGUUAUGUGAUUAUAGAAUUUUUUUAGAUUAUUCUUAUGGAAUAGGAUUUUAGAAGUUUUUUGUGUGUAGAAAAAUGAAACAAUCCUGCUUAAAAUUGGUGCAGUGUGUUGCUUUCUUGCAUUUUUGUCCCCAAACCAGAUGGCGACAGUCAUAAAUAAUCAAGCCUUACACACAGUGGGCCUGACUAAUAAAUUAGACAUUUAUUAGAUAUUUUUAAUUGAAAUUGAAGUAUAAGUUUUAAUUGUGUUUUAGGGAAGUAUUUCCUGAUUCCUUCUUGUUUUUUCACCUCUAAAAAGGGAAGUGUAAUGAUCUACAGAAGGUCAAAGAAUGCUGUUCGCAGAGUGAGGUCCAUAAAGAAAUUGGUGUCCGAAAGUGUCGGGAAAGUGGUGUUGCAUUGUACUGCAGUACUUUGUGUAAAAAGAAGCUUAAAACAGGGAGUCUGAAAUCUUUAUGUCUACUGGUGUGCUUUGUUAAUCCUCAGGAUCAACAACUAACCAUAUAAUUUAUUAAUGUUCUCAUGAUUGUUCAUACUACUACAUGUACAGUUUUAUCAUGCACGUUAUUAUCUGUAAAUAGUGAUGUGAAAUGCAGCUCGUAAGGAAUAAAACAAUUUAAUGGUCAGUCAUAUUGUGGUUUUAUUGAACAAUGUUGAUUUGU